UUUCUCCACUCACCUCUCUCUCUUUUACUCUGCUACUAACAACAACAAAACCAAGAACACCAAGAACCGAUUCUUCAAAUCUUCUUUCUCUCUCUCUCCCUUCUUUCUCUCUCUUCAUUCUUUGAAUGGCUCAGCUCUGGUCCAAACCACCGGUACCGACGGCGGCAUCCACAAAGCCACCACGGCCUCUCUACACGUUUCUCUUCAUCGUGAUCCUCUGCAUUCUGGGUUUUUACACCCUGCAUUACGCCCACUCUGCACCCCCGCUCUCAACUUCCCAAAAUGCCCUCCGCCUCUUCCUCUCCGCCGCCACCAACUUCACCCUCUCCGCCUACCUCCGCGACCUCACCCUGCACCCUCACCUCGCCGGAACAAAACCCUCCCUUCGCACCACCCACUACGUCCUCAACCACUUCACCUCCCUCGGCUUACGAGCCCACGCGGUGGCUUACGACGCGCUGCUCUCUUAUCCUACGCACUCCUCCCUCUCGGCGCACUUUAGCAACGGCACCGAGUUGGUAUUCCCCUUGUCGGAGUCAACCGGUAGCGGAAGCGGAAACGGAAACGACGCCGUCGUGAGGCCGUACCACGCGUACUCGCCGUCGGGGACGGCGCGUGGGGCGAUGGCGGUGUUCGUGAACUUCGGGAGGGAGGAGGACUAUCGUGCGCUGGGGGGGAUGGGGGUGAACGUUAGCGGCUGCGUGGUGAUCGCGAGGAAAGGCGGCGGACUUCCGAGGGCGGCGGUGGUGGAGAGGGCGGCGCUAAACGGUGCCGUUGCGGUGCUAUUGUAUACCGGGGGGGAUAGGUUUAGGAAGGGGUUCGAGAGGGGGACGGUGAUGAGGGGGCUUGGGGACCCACUCAGUCCCGGGUGGGCCGGGGUUGAGGGUGGCGAGAAGUUGGGCCUCGGUGAUGACGAAGUUUCUGGAAGGUUCCCUAAGAUUCCGUCCCUGCCGCUGUCGGUUGACGAUGCUGAGGUCAUUCUCGAGUCGCUAGGCGGCGCGCCGACGCCGAGCGAGUGGAGGGACGCGCUGGACUUGAAGGUUGACCAUGUCGGACCGGGUCCGACACUCGUUGACUUUGAUUACCAGGGAGAGAAAAAAGUGGUGAAGAUUCACAAUGUGUUCGCUGUCAUAAAAGGGUUAGAAGAGCCUGAACGGUAUGUGCUACUUGGAAACCACAGAGAUGCAUGGACCUAUGGGGCGGUUGACCCCAAUAGUGGAACUGCAGCCUUACUCGACAUUGCUCGUCGAUUUUCUCUCAUGAUGAGGUCGGGGUGGAGGCCUCGACGGACUAUCGUUCUCUGCAGUUGGGAUGCCGAAGAGUUUGGAAUGAUUGGAUCGACGGAGUGGGUCGAACAAAACCUUGUAAAUUUGGGAUCCAAAGCUGUUGCGUACCUUAAUGUUGAUUGUGCGGUUCAAGGACCAGGGUUCUUUGCUGGUGCUACUCCUCAACUAGAUAACCUUCUUCUUGAAGUCAUAAAGAAGCAAUUUCAGGUUGAAGAUCCUGAUUCGGAGGGCGAGACAAUGUAUCAGAAAUGGGCAUCUAGAAAUAGUGAGAAUAAUAUAGAGAGACUCGGAAGAGUGGAUUCUGAUUUUGCUGCAUUUGUGCAACAUGCUGGAGUUCCAUCUGUAGAUAUGUAUUAUGGAGCAGAUUUUCCCACAUAUCACACUGCUUUUGACUCCUAUGACUGGAUGAUAAAUUAUGGAGAUCCUUCUUUCAAGCGCCAUGUGGCUGUUGCUGGAGUCUGGGGACUUCUAGCUCUUCACCUUGCUGAUGAUCCAAUUCUGCCUUUUAACUAUAUCUCUUAUGCAGAGCAGCUAAAGAGGCAUAAAGAGGUUUUGAGCAACUUAUUGGGUGGACUUGUUUCUCUUUCUCCUCUAUCCACAUCAAUUCAAGAUUUUGCCUCUGCAGCCAAAGAAGCAGAAAUUGAAACACAGAAACUCAGAGAGCAAGAAACUACAAGUGAACUGGUCGUAUUGAAGAAGCGGGCAUUAAACGACCGGUUGAUAUUUGCCGAAAGAGGCUUCCUCGACACAGAUGGACUCGAAGGAAGACGAUGGUUCAAGCAUCUUAUAUAUGGGCCUUCUAGUGACCCAGAAAGUAAACUAGACUUCUUUCCUGGAAUAGCAGAUGCAAUAUCUAGAACAACUAGAAUGAGUUUGAGUCAGAAGAAGGCUAUAAUUCAGCAUGAAGUCUGGAGGGUUGCCAGAGCCAUCCAAAGGGCUACUAGUGCCCUCAGAGGAGAACUUACUUAAUAUAUGAAGUCUGUGUAAAGCAAAAAAAAGAGUUGAACAAGACAAUACAUAUUGGGAGAGCGAGAGCGUACGUUACUUGGAUUUGUAUAUAUGAGUGGAGUACUAAUAUCUCUCCUGUUACCAGUUGUAUGUGCAGUUUUUUCCUCCCACUCCUUUUUUGAAUGUAAAUCAUGGUUAGUGUAUCUUAGAUCAAUUUGUUUUGACCUUUUUUCCUCUCGCUUUUUUUUUUUCCUUCACUUGUUCACCUU